GUAGCAGCAGCCCAGCCAUAGAACGGCUCCAGCCUGCACUGAGAUGGAAAUGGCGUCAGGAUCAGGGCUGGGAGUCCUCUCCUCAUCCUAGGACAUAGAGGAGGGAGGGAGGGGGAAGGGAUCUGUACUCCGGGAUCCCCCGGGAUGGGCCAUCUACCUGAUGGAGUGACCGUGCCCCAUGUGACGACCUGUAAGAAGACUUGAUCGGAGACUGUGUGGCCCCCCGCGGUGGAGGUGCUCAUCCCUCCAGGAUCGCCCUGUGAUCGGAUGGUAAAAUGUCGGAUAGCAAGGUGAAAGUGGCCGUCAGAGUCCGGCCCGUGAACCGGAGAGAACUGGAUUUGAAUACAAAAUGCAUUGUGGAGAUGGAAGGGAAUCAGACAAUCCUGCAGCCUCCACCUGCCAACAGCAAGCAAAGCGAGAACAGAAAACCACCAAAGGUUUUUGCAUUCGAUUAUUGUUUUUGGUCGAUGGAUGAGAAAAACACUUCAAAAUAUGCAGGUCAAGAAGAAGUUUUCAAGUGCCUUGGGGAAGGAAUUCUUGAUAAUGCCUUUCAGGGAUACAAUGCUUGUAUUUUUGCAUAUGGGCAAACAGGUUCUGGAAAAUCCUUCUCCAUGAUGGGGACUGCAGAUCAGCCUGGCCUUAUCCCACGACUCUGUUGUGCUUUAUUUCUGAGAGCUACAGAGUUGGAAAAUGACUCUCAAACCUUCAAAGUGGAAGUCUCCUAUAUGGAAAUUUACAAUGAGAAGGUUCGAGAUCUGUUAGAUCCUAAAGGAAGUCGACAUUCCCUUAAAGUUCGGGAGCACAAGGUGUUGGGACCAUAUGUGGAUGGUUUAUCCCAAUUAGCAGUAACAACAUUUGAGGAUAUUGAGUCAUUAAUGUCCGAAGGAAACAAAUCUCGAACUGUUGCUGCAACUAACAUGAAUGAAGAAAGCAGCCGAUCACACGCUGUAUUUAACAUCAUUGUCACCCAAACCUUGUACGACCAUCAGUCUGGUAAUUCUGGAGAGCGAGUCAGUAAAGUGAGCUUGGUGGAUUUGGCUGGCAGCGAGAGAGUUUCCAAAACGGGUGCUGCAGGAGAACGUCUUAAGGAAGGAAGCAACAUCAACAAGUCACUAACAACUUUGGGUUUGGUUAUAUCUUCUUUGGCCGAUCAAGCUGCAGGGAAAGGGAAGAACAAAUUUGUGCCUUACAGAGAUUCUGUGCUAACAUGGCUUCUAAAGGACAAUUUGGGAGGCAACAGCAAGACAGCCAUGAUAGCAACAAUAAGCCCAGCAGCAGAUAACUAUGAAGAGACCCUGUCCACACUACGGUAUGCUGAUCGAGCUAAAAGGAUAGUCAACCAUGCUGUAGUGAAUGAAGAUCCUAAUGCCAGAGUUAUCAGAGAACUACGAGAAGAGGUGGAUAAACUCAAAGAACAGCUGUCACAGGCAGAGGCAAUGAAAGCACCUGAACUGAAAGAAAAAUUAGAAGAAUCUGAGAAAUUAAUUAGGGAACUGACAAUUACCUGGGAAGAGAAGCUGCGGAAAACAGAAUCUAUUGCCCAGGAAAGACAGAAGCAGCUGGAAAGUAUGGGGAUUUCUCUACAGUCUUCGGGUAUUAAAGUUGGCGAUGACAAAUGUUACCUGGUGAACCUCAAUGCUGACCCCGCACUCAAUGAACUGCUGGUUUAUUAUUUAAAGGACUACACGAAGGUGGGUGCGGACACUUCUCAGGACAUACAGCUUUUUGGCAUUGGGAUUCAACCUGAGCACUGUGUGAUCGAUAUUGCCACCGAUGGGGAGAUUUCCUUAACACCAAAAGAAAACGCACGGACAUGUGUGAAUGGGGUGCAGAUAUGCUUCACAACCCCCUUGUGGCACGGAGACAGGAUCCUUUGGGGAAACAACCAUUUCUUCAGGCUGAACCUGCCAAACAGGAAACGAAAAGAAUGGCUGAAGGAAUUUGAGAAAGAAGCUGGUAAUACUGAAACUGAUCUGGAUGCGACAAGUGAAGCUUCAUCAGAACCAGACUAUAAUUAUGAAUUUGCACAGAUGGAAGUGAUAAUGAAGGCUUUGAACAGCAAUGAUCCUGUCCACAGUGUUGUCCAAGUCCUGGAGAAGCAGUAUUUGGAGGAAAAGAGAAAUGCUCUGGAAGAACAGCGGCUCAUGUAUGAGAGAGAGCUAGAACAACUACGACAUCAGCUAUCCCCAGAAAGACACCAGCACAGCAACGAGCGCCUCUCCUACACCUCUCAAACAACACAGCAGAAAAUGAACAUGUGGGCAGAGGAGCGGGAUGUGCUAUUUCGGCAGAGCCUUUCUAAGCUCAGGGAGCAGAUUGUAAAGGCCAACACUUUAGUGAGAGAAUCUAACUUUUUAGCAGAAGAAAUGGACAAAAACACAGACUAUCAGGUCACACUUCAAAUCCCAGCUUUCAAUCUCAGCGCCAACCGAAAGAGAGGAGCGAUAGUGAGUGAGCCAGCUAUUCAAGUGAGGAGAAAAUGUAAAGGUACCCAAGUGUGGAGCAUCGAGAAGCUGGAGAAUAAGCUCAUUGAUAUGAGAGAAGCUUACCAGGAAUGGAAAGAAAGCCCACUCCAGAAUAAAAAAAUCGCAUAUAAAAAAGGGGAUCCGUUUUAUGAAGCACAAGAAAACCACAAUCUUAUUGGAGUAGCUAAUGUGUUCCUAGAGUGUCUCUUUUAUGAUGUUAAACUUCAAUAUGCAGUGCCUAUCAUUAGCCAGCAGGGGGAGGUCGCAGGACGGCUUCAUAUUGAGGUGAUGCGAGUUACGGGUGUAGUUCCUGAGUGCGUAGUGGGUGAUGACUCUUCAGAAAAUUCCAGCGAAAGUGGUAGUUUUGAAAUCAUUGACAACAGUGGUGAAAUAAUCUACAGGCCCAAAAAGUUGACCUGCCGAGUAAAGAUUAAAGAAGCUACAGGCCUUCCUCUGAACCUGUCAAACUUUGUAUUCUGUCAGUACACCUUUUGGGAUCAGUCAGAACCUACAGUAGCACCACCCAUGGUCAAUCCUGAUAUGCCUUCACCAAGAAGUAAAGAUGCUCAGUUUACAGUAAAAUUUGCACAUUCUAAGGAUUAUGUGAUUAGCAUUACAGAAGAAUUUUUGGAGUUUAUCGCUGAGGGUGCCCUUGCAAUAGAAGUUUGGGGUCACAGAUGUGCUGGAAACGGAAGAUCUGUGUGGGAGAUCGACUCUCUCCAUGCUAAAUCUCGAACGUUGCGAGACAGGUGGAAUGAGGUAACACGAAGAAUUGAAACGUGGAUAUCUAUAUAUGAGUUAAAUGAGAAUGGGGAAUAUACAUCUGUGGAAUUGCAUCAAGCAAGGGAUGUGAAUACAGGUGGUGUGUUCCAGCUAAGACAGGGUCACUCUCGGAGAGUUCAGGUGGCUGUGAAUCCUGUGCAGAAUUCUGGCACGUUGCCUCUCAUGGUUGAAGCCAUUCUCUCUGUUUCGAUUGGCUGUAUCACAGCUCGCUCAACCAAGCUACAGAAGGGGCUGGACAGUUAUCAGAAAGAUGAUGAUGGUGAUGAUGAUAUGGAUAGUUACCAGGAGGAGGACCUGAACUGCGUUCGUGAAAGGUGGUCAGAUGCAUUAAUUAAACGCAAGGAAUACUUGGAUGAACAGAUCCAGAAAAUCAUCAACAAGCAAGAAAAAACUGAAGAUGAUAUUGAGCGGGAAGCACGGCUGGUUGAGCAGUGGGUGGGCCUUACAGAAGAGAGGAAUGCAGUACUUGUACCAGCACCAGGAAGUGACAUUCCAGGAGCUCCAGCAAACUGGACUCCUCCAGCUGGAAUGGAGACGCAUAUUCCUGUCCUUUUUCUAGAUCUUAAUGCUGAUGAUCUCAGUGCCAAUGAACAGCUUGUGGGUUCACAUGCAGCAGGCGUUAAUUCUAUAUUACCAAAGGAGCAUGGGAGCCAGUUUUACUACCUGCCAAUCAUCAAGCACAGUGACGAAGAGGUUUCAGCCAUUGCUUCCUGGGACUCUGCAAUCCAUGACUCACUACACUUGAAUAGGAUUACUCCACAGAAUGAGCGCAUAUAUCUUAUUGUGAAGGUGACAGUGCAACUCAGUCACCCAGCUGCUAUGGAGCUGGUUCUCAGAAAGAGAAUUGCUGUCAAUGUAUAUAAUAAACAGAGUUUUACGCAAAGCCUAAAAAGACGUAUGUCUAUCAAGAAUAUGCUCUAUUCCUGUGGAGUUAGCUAUGAAAUUGUGUCCAAUAUCCCAAAGGCAACAGAAGAGCCUGAGGACAGAGAAACCCUGGCUUUGAUGGCAGCAAGGAAUGAGUAUGAAGCCACUUCUGAUGGAGAGACCUAUAUUGAGAAAUAUACACGGGGUGUUCUACAGGUGGAGAACAUUCUGAGUCUAGAGCGACUGAGACAGGCAGUGACAGUAAAGGAAGCCAUUGCAAACAAAACAAAGCACAUUCGGAGAAGCUUGAGCACACCCAACAUGCACAAUGUUUCUUCUAGCCGCCUGGAUUUGUCUGGCUUUGAAGAAGAUGACAAGGGAUGGUCAGAAAACCAGCUAGAUGUGUCUGACUACUCUUCCAGCUAUAAAGAUGUAUCAGGCUGUGGACGUCAGCUUACUGAAUCUCCUAGAAGAAGCAAUGGUGGAGGUGGAACCCCAGAAAGUCCACAAGCCUUGGUGACGGGUUCAUUUAAAACUUUUUCACCACAGCCACCAAAAUUUUUUACGCCGUUAAUGCCUGUGAAAGAGGAACAUAAAAGAAAAACCCCUAUUGAAACUCAGCCAUUGCUUGGUCAAGAGAGCAUGCCUUCACCACUGACAAAUAACACUGGCAUUGCUGUGCCCUCUGGAGCUAAUACCAGCUGCAUGCCAGUAGAUACCAGUAUUAGUCAUGAAGAUACCAUUGAUUCAGAAGAAGAAGACCUGGAACUAGAUGAAGGAGCUAUCAAAAAAGAGACCAGUUCCACCAGUUUAACUACUUUCAGGCCUUAUGUGCCAGAGGAGUUUGCAGACUUUAGUGUUUACAAUGCUAGCCUGGAUAACAGGGAAUGGAUAACCUCAAAAACAGACUUUGCUUGUUCGUUUUCUUUGGAUAAAGAAGUUUCUCGAAGUCCUACCACUAGCAGUGUUACAAGUGGCUAUUUUUCCCAUAGUGCUUCCAAUGCUACACUGUCUGACAUUGUGGUUCCUUCUAGUGAAAGCAUGGACCAAUUAAUGCCUCAAGGCAGGGAUGUAGAAACUAAUGAACCUACGGGACAACAGUUAGCACAGAACUGCAAAUCUUGUGCACAUAAAGCGUUGAAGGAUGGAAAUUGUACAGAAAAUACCACUAGCUUAUCUGCUUUUACAGAAAAAAGUGCCUUUAAUAAAGUGCCAUAUUGCACUACUGAAAAUGCUGCUGCAAUGUGUAGAAUUGUAUCCUCUUCCUCUGUGGAUAGUAACAAAGAAACUUUUGUCAAGUUUUUCCCCUGUGAAGUUGCUGUGGAACAUACUUGUGAUAUUUUGGAAGACCACUCGUUUACGGAAUUUAUGGGGGUAGAAGAUGGGAAAGACUUUGAACAUCCAGAGGACUCGCCCACUUGCUCUUCUAAUGGGGAAAAGGAUGGUGUGGUGUUUGUAGACUUUGGUUCUGUUAUGUCAGAUCUUUCGUAUAACAUGUCACAGCAGAGUAUGUCCGAACAAAGUGAUCAAAACUCAGUCUGCCUUGAAGAACCUGCCUUAUUUAACAAAACUCAACCAGAAAGUGAUAUGCUUACACAGAACCAUCUGGAUGUUUCAGAUGACUUAGAAGACAGUUCUUCUGAAUCAUCAUGCCACUUUUCUUUAGGUGACCAGGUAUGCAUUGGGGAAAAUAAGUUUGGAACAGUACGAUAUAUUGGUGCAGUGGAUUUCUCAUGUGGAGUAUGGAUUGGAGUUGAACUCCAUGUCCAAUUAGGUAAACACGAUGGCACCGUAAAAGGCAAGGAAUACUUCCGGUGCAAACCCAAAUACGGAGUGUUCGUCCGCCCCAAUCGUUUAACUAAAGCACUGGUUUCAACAAAAAAAGACAAGAGCAACACUUUGAGGCCUCAGAUAUAUAACCCAGAGAAGCGAAAAGGUUCCUUCACAAAAGGGUCUCCUGCAACCAGGACACGAGAUACAGCCCAGUAUUCAUCUGCUUCUGGAAACGAAGCGGCGUCUGCUUUUUCCAGAAAACAAGAGAACAGGAAGUCCUGGAUCAACUAAGAUGCAAUAAUUGCACUUGUGUAUAAACUGAUAUGAAUUGGUUUAAAAAGAAAGCUAUUUUUUGUACAGCUGUACAGUUUUAAUUUGUUUUCCUUAAAUGUUUACUUGGUUUGGUCAUAUUGUUCUAACAGUUUCUUUUUUUUUUUAAACAAGAGCUCUUAAAUUAGAUGGUCUGCCUUAUAGGCAGGUUGUUGCUGCACAUUUAAAGCACAACUGAAAGUGAUUAUGUAGAUAGGUGACAGGUACAGGUCUAUUUUAAAAUGAUGGCAGGGAGGAAGGGGGGGGUGCUAUAUUUUAAUUAAAGGAAAUAAAAUAUUUUAUUCCAAAACAGAUAAAAUAAACUGAAUAUACAUAUUUGCAAAAAUG